GAAGGUAGAGGUGCCUUUGCAGUCCAGCGAUGACGUGCAGCUGUGGUGCUAUGCGAUGAACGCGUCUCUUGAGGCGCCCCCUGAGCAGUAUUUGAUGUCGGAUACCUUCAAGAGGGAGUUUGCCGUGGGGAUCCGGCUGCUGGGGAAGAACCAACAGCCGCCGAACAACACUGGCACAGUAAGCGAUACAAGACACGUCUCUGUAAGCUGCAGGUGUGAAUGUGCCUGUCUGUCUGUCUGCCUGUCUGUCGUCAGAUCACGUUGCUGAACCUGCAGCCCGCCAGCCGAUAUCGGUUAGAGUGCCUGGGCUCCCCCCUGGCCAACCCGAAUGAAUCGGCCGUCAUCGUACGAGAGGAGUUCACCACCAAGGGCACACUCAACACUACCGACGCAUCCACCACCAGCAGCAGCAGCAUCGUGCAGAAAGCAGCGGACGCCAGCAAUGCCAGGGCGACAGGAACGGGGAUCUUUACCAGCGACCCGACGCCCUCCCCAUAUGACCUUUCGGGGCUGGUGCUGCAGAACACUGCAGACGUCGAGGCAGCACCCAACGAGAUCACACUUAUCAGUGUACGUGCCUUGGCACAUUGACGGAGGAGACGAUUGUCUCUUUUUUUCUUUCUCUGUGGUGCGCGUAAGACGGAGGAGCCGAUAGUGGACGAUGAGGGUCUGAAGAAGAUAGUGACGGUCAAGGUCAAAGUCAAUCGUCCCGCAAGGGUCAAUGAGAACACACACAAAUAAAGCAAGUAUACAGGCACCGUCACGUCUUCGGUGUCGUGUCUCAGGUGCAAUGUCUCGCAACGACCAAGGACGACGCCGUCCCAUCAACAGCUGAUAUUGACGUGACAAUGCAGAUGACACCAACAGAGCCGUCAGCCUUGUGUGUGCUGCCUUCCUGCCUACAGGUUGACCCCAACACGGUGGCUGUGAUGGCCCUGCCAGGGGAGACAAAAGCCGUAAGCCUCAUCCGUCCCAUCCCCAGCAGACAACUUGUGUGGUUACGCUGUGCUGUGUUACGCAGAUCACUUUGCGGAAGCCUCGUGGUGGUGAGGGCCUGCUGGUGGGUGCCAAGUACCGCAUCACGUGCUACGCCAGGGGCAACGAGGGAGCCACCUCCGAUACACUCAGCUUCCCCAUACAGGUAGCAGAGACACCACACACACACACAGGCGGGCAAUGUGGGUUCUGUCAGUUUCUUGUGUGCAGAUGCCCGUUGCUGGAGAAGGUAGACGUGGCAUCCACGACCUCUUAUCGGAUCAAUGGUCUGCGUGCGCUGUUGUUGUUUGUAUGUUUACUUCAGUUGCGGGUGAGGUUGACAUCAGUUUCAGCGUCAUGAUGGUGGGGUCCAUCAAGAUCGGCAUGUUCGCGUCAUCCAACUGCGUAACACAGACACUCACACAGACACACACGCAGAAGAAGCAAAUGGACUUGCUUGUUGCACUUGUGUGUCCGCAGGAAGAGGCGCUGCGUUUUGCGGUGGCCAACCACUUGGCGGUGCCGAUGGAUGCCGUCAAGCUGACAGGAGUGAAAGACGAAGCUCUCGCUGACAGUCAGAAACCAUCACCACAGACACACACACAUACACCUAUGCGCACAGACAAGCAGAGGUGUUUUCCCCCUCUCUGUGUCUGAUUCAUUCAGACUACACACAGCUGGCAACGGGCAGGAAGAUCGUCAUGGGUGCAGGGGGUGAGUGCGACCACUUGGGACAGAGGGCGCGAGCCUGUCGACAACAUACGGGUCAGAUCGAUUCAUCAAUUGUGAGACCAGCCAGCCACUCGUCUAUCUCUACUUAUUGGCGACAGGAGUGUGGCGAGCUGUGUGCUGCUGUGGGCUGCAACGCCUUCAGCUACAACAACCAACCUGGGGCACGGUACACAACCUCACACGCACAUGCACUCCUCUCUCUCUCUCUCUCUCUGCUGCUUGGCUGUCCAGGGUGUGUGAGCUAUGGCGGUGCUCAGCUGACACCGUGCAGAACGCCACAGCGCUCCUGCGGGCAGCGGAGCCCUCCUGGCAGGUCUACGCCAAGGCCGAGUCUCAGGAGAUGGUGAUGCUCGACUACACCGUGCGCGUGGCCAAGAAGCAGCAGCGGGAGGUGCAGAACGGCCUGCUGGGACUCAAGAAGAAGAACGUCACCACACAGAUAUACAAGAAUGCAACCGCGUGCAACCCAGACAUUGCACAGCAGGACGUCAAAAAGGUGGAGUCCAACCCUCACACACACCCACGACCCCGCUUUUGUCGUGUGCACAACGCUUCGCAUUUCCUCUCUCUGUGUCCGUCUGUGUGUCAGGCUCGGAUGGUGUCUCAAGUGACUGUCAAUGACAAUGAAGGGGUGAGUCAAGAGAAAGGAGAUGGCAAAGCCGACACGAGGCAUUGACACGUGUAUGCAUGUGUAGGGAUGUCCGGACGCCGCUGGCCCCAACUUCGACCCUUCUGCGACUGACGGGGAGGAGGGCAAUGAGAGAUGCAUCCCCAGAGGUAGGACUCUUCUCCCGUCUCAUCUCGUCUCUGGCGUCGUGUGGUGUGCGUCUCUCCCCUUCGCAGAUGAGCGGAAUGUGAAUGGGUCUUUGACGUUCCGCUUCGCGAUGCAGAGCUCUGAGAAGGACAUGUGCAGCAAUCACCGACUUGUACACGGGCUCAUCUUCAACUGGACCGUCCAGUACACACACACACAUGAAAAGGAAGGCGGAGGGUGGGAUGUCCUGUGUGUUUGUUCGUGCUUCUUGCGUUCAGGGAGGCGUUUGCCAAGGCGCUGGGUAUUCCCAACUACAGCUCUCUGUGGCGGCCCGGCGACUACGUGAGACAUGCGAUGGACAUGUUGGAAGACGAAGACCUCAUCGAGUACACACACACAACAGGACAGCCAAUAACAAGGCAUCAAGCGAGAAGCAUCCUUUGUGUGUGACUUUGUCUUUCGCUGCAGCUGCCAGGAGAGCCCUGAGGGCGCCAGGCUUCAGGUGAGACGGUCAUAGGAUGGAAGGAUGGCUGGCACGCACCCAUUUCCUGUCGCCCUCUUUAAUCGAUUAACCAGCUGUACAUCACGUUCACAUUCGAGCCCGACAUCGACAAGGUGAGAGAGACACAGAAAGAUACCCUCCCACCACAUACGCACACUGAGUGGUGUGUCGUGCUGACGUGUUAGAUGGAGGAUUUGAAGGUCAAGGCCCUCGAGCUGGCCGAGUCGCCCGACAGGGUCACACAGCUCGUCAAGACCGACGGCCACGUCAACCUCCCCGACCUCACAGCAGAACUCAUGAACGAACCUAAAAUCAAAACCAGAAGUGCGUGCGAAAGCACCACACGGCCUCCCAUCGCGCAUUCUUUGGUGUUUCUCUGUGUGUAUGCGCAGUAUUGGUUGUUGGCUGCAUGGACAGCAGCGAUCCCGAGUACAACCCCUCCCACCCCGCCGACAUCGAGCUGCUGUCCUGCAACGGGCCGCUGGCCGCCAACGAGGCACACAUGGAGGUCUACCCCUGCACCUGCAGAAAGGGCAUCACCGAGCACCACAAGGCAGCGGGUGCACCACACGCAUACGCAGCCGCCUUCAUCCAGAGGGAGGCCGCACAGUCCUACUCACACAUGGUACACAGAAAGAAAGAGGGAGUGGACAAGGAACCGGCAAAACGAUGCAUGCCUAUCGACUCAGGCCGCCGUGACGCGGAGGAAAGGCGCCAGGAGGCGGGGUGCUGAUGUGUCUGAAGUGGAGUUGUCUGCGUAUGGGUAUGCGUCUGCACCGACGAUCGACUCUCUGGGCAUCAACUGCAACGACGACCAGGAGGUGUCGAGCUGCUUUGGGGAGGAGGUGUGUGCACUGGAGGUGCAGUGGUUCAUCGGAGGCAACUAUGACACCUGCUUCGUCGUGUCCAGAAGAGUAGGCAUGACGCCCAUGUUCACAGACAAGUGGAUCUGACACCCAUUUUGUGUGUUUGUUGUGUGUGAAUGUAGCUUCUGCGGUUAGAGAAGUCCCUCAAGGCCGAGAUAAUGAAGAUGCUGCCGGGAAGAAGAGUCGAAAAUGUGGUGCUCGAAGGUACAUACACUCAUGCAUCCGUACUCACCAAACGCUACGUACCAUUUCUGCGUUUGUCGUGCCACACAGCUGGCGAGUGCCGCAAGGUGCCGCCGCCAGCAGCUAGGGCGUCGUUUAUUGAGGAGAGGGCCGACGACCGCCAGGACCCAGGAGCAUCAGCAGCAUCACCAGAGGAAGUCAUCGAACUCACAGUAAGACACGCAAAUCCACACACAGUAAGACAAUUAGGGUUUAGCAUGUUUCUCCCUCUUUCUCCCUGUGUGUGUCGAUUCUCAGGUGGUGCAGAGGUGUAUUCCCUCGCAGUCCGCCCCCCCACCGCCAGGCGGCGCUGCUAUGUAUGAGAGGGGCCUGAGCCUCGGUGGUGAUGGUGUCAUGAUGCGUUGCGACGAGCUGACGGCGCUAUAUAGGGAGAGGUUAAGGGAGGGACCGGCACUGCAGGCCGCCGUCGACAGUGCACUCACACAUAAGACCAACCUCGCACAGCAGUGGGCCAUACAGGUGGGUGCGUGUCUGCCGAACAUACGGAGAGACACAGCACUAGAGAGAGAGAGAGAGAGACAUGUGUGUGUGUGUGUGUCGACAGAGUAUAUGUAUGAAGGACCGUAAGCUGAGGAGUCGUGUGGGCUGCAUGGACCAGCAGGCCGAAAACUACGACCGAACCGCUACGCUGCAAAACGACGACUACUGUGUUUUUCGAAUAGGUGAUGAACACCCACACUCGCUCUGUCUCUCUCCCUCACCUCCGGCUGCCUGCCUGCCUGCCUGUAUGUAUCGUCCGAUCAGGUUGUAUGGAUGUUAAUGCGGUGAAUUAUGACGAGUUCGCCACUAAGUCUGAUAGCUCCAUGUGCAUCAGGCCACAGGAGUGCGCGUGCGAAUGCCCAACCACCAUAAGAUGACGCCCGCAGGCGCUUGUUGUGUCUAUGUGUUUAUGGCUUGAUGCUUGGUGUGUCUUUUCGGGGCCCUUGUUGUCUUGCUGCUCUUCUGUUGCCGUCAUUUCCCAACUGCCCUCUUCCUGCCUCCCUCCCCUCCUUUCCUCGCUUGGUGGGGCAUUUGUAGAUGUGUGUGUGUUUUGUGUAUAAUGUGUAUCGCAGCACAUGCAGUGUGGAA